AUGAAAAGCGAUAUUAGUUUGGAGAAAAGGCUGCUCGUGAAUGAACUCCACGCACCAGCGAGAAGAAACUUCAAACGUAGAUCUGUUGUUAUAAAAGGAUACGAUGACUUGUGGCAAGCUGACGUAGUCGAGAUGAGACCGUACUCGCGAUUUAACAGCGGCUACAAGUACAUUCUAACGGUCAUCGAUGUGUUGGGUAAACACGCAUGGGCCAUUCCGCUAAAGACCAAAGGUGGAAUCGAAGCGGCCGAGGCGUUUUCCACGAUAUUUCGAGAUUAUAAAAGAACUCCGAACAAUUUGCAAACCGACCGAGGAAAAGAAUUUUACAACGGAGAUUUUUGGAAACUUGUCGAGAAACAUGACAUCGAUCAUUACUCGACACACUCAAUUAUGAAGGCCUCGGUCGUGGAACCGGUCGUGGAACCGAUUCAACCGCACGCUACAGAACGAGAUGUGGAAAGUUUUUACGCUCAAUGGAUCAUAUAG